UAAUUUACCGUUGACAAAUUUUCAGUAUUAUAUUUUCACUUAACUAUGUAGAAAAUCAAACGUCUAUUUAUAUGUUGGUUAAAUCAGUUAACAGCAAAGUAUGUUCAACAAAUUUACAAGUCACUAUUUCGUAACAAUACUACGUCAUGCUUAGUCUAACAGCUGACGACUGAUAAUUCAUUGGUCAAAUUCUAUGGUUUUGUUAAAUAAAAAUACUAUAUAGAGUGGAACGACAGCGAAUAGUUCAGUUUAUCAGUGUUUACUGUAUGCGGUGCUCGCUGCUUGUUAAGAAAAAUUGACUAGACAUUCCUUCAUACCUUCACAUCGGUAAACAUGUUAAAAAGUGCGUCAAAAGUUACUAUAAACACUGGUAAUGUGUUAAAUUUAAUCGACAUCAAGAAAAAAGCUGGACAGAAUGUGACUGAAGAGCUGUCGGAAAGUAUAAAACUAACACUCUCAGAGUGGGGUACACAAAACGGCCUGCCUAUACAGAAUGGAACAACGGAACCCUCACAGCAUUACAUGGUGGUCUCCACCUCAAAGGCCUCUGAAGCGGUAGUCAACAUCACCAGGCCACAUGAUGAUGUCCAAAUCAAGAUGGCUGAAGAGGACCGCAAAAAUCUAAAGAUAGGAGUAAAAAUUUUCAUCAAUGAAGAUAGCCCAACUGCGCUUUGUGAAUGUCUAGAAAACGUAUUCACAGCACUCCAAACCGAGCUCAUUGAAAAUGUAAUCCUUUCAUACAAUCCUGAACACCUCCACAAGGACGAACGUGAUGAUAAUAUCAAGACCACCUUCACGAAGGCAUCACCCAUUUCCCUGGGAAGCACUGUUGUUCGCAAUUCCAGCACUGAAAUAGAAGCAGACAGCGAUGCAGAUGCAAGAAAAUGCGAGGCCAUCUUGCCUGGCAUCAAGACGUUAUGGGCUGUACUCGAAGACUAUGUUAAAAAUGGCCGUGUCCUUCAACUUGGAGUCGCUGACGUGGGCGGUGGAUGUCUGUACAAGCUCCACGCGUGGGCUUUUGUGAAGCCCACCAUAGCUCAGAUCAACCUGGCCUCAUGCUGCGUGGUGCCGCCCAGUCUCCAUACGUUCUGCAAGGCUAAUGAUGUUCAGCUCUUAACGCAUGCUGACCCUGCAGAUCUAUUAUCGGUGGCAGCUCUGAAGACCCUCUCAGACGCAGGCAUCGGUUGCAACAACUUGGAUUGGUGCGCGAGGUACCAGGUUCACAUAAAGUGUAGAGGUGUACUUGCCCUUAAGGGAUAUGUUUGUAAGGCCACUGUAGGAAAACAAUAGACAACAUAAAUUCCAGAAAUUACUUAAAUUUAGUAUAAUUAUAGUUCAUCGCUUGAUAUAGUCUUAGGGCAAGCGCUAAGUAUGACACCCGUAUUUUGACAUAUGGAAGUCAUACUUAACCCUGUCUCGACUCUCCUUAGGAUCUUUUUUGCUUGGAUUUUGUAUAUUAAUAAUUGCGCCUGAACUAAAAUUGUGCCACAUUCAUCUGGACCUGAUUUACGAAUAUACUUGUACAAUUUUAGCUUAUGUAAAUAAAUCGGGCUCCUAAAUUUACGGCUCGUAAUUGUAAACUGAGCCUAAAAAUUUAAGGACUGGGUACAAAUUUAUAUGAAUUUGGGCACAAUGUCGACUUGGGUAAAUUAUUUAUGAAAUUGAGGACAAUCUGAUGAUUUGGGUACAAAAUUUCUAUGAGUUUGGGCACAAUCUGACAAUUUGGGUACAAAAUUUGGGCACAAUCUGACAAUUUGGUUACAAAAUUCGUAUGAAUUUGGGCACAAUUUAUCAAUUCGAGUACAAAAUUUGUAUGAAUUUGGGCACAAUCUGACAAUUUGGGUAUGAAAUUGCAUCAUCGUCGUCUUAGAAUUUUAUAAUUUCAGUACAGUUUGAUAUUUUGUGUAUACACAUACAAAACAGUACUAUUCCAGUUUUUUCAGGACAAUUGUGUUUUAAUCAACUUAUGAACUCCAAAUUGAUAGUUUCUUCUGUCUUAACUUAAACAAUGUUUAUAGUAUAAGUAAUUUUUUAAAAUAACGUGAUACAGUUACUUAAUUAUAUUUGAGUAUACAGUUUAUAUUAUUGUAUUAAGUUAUUAAAUUUUAUAAAUAAAAAGGAAAUUAGAUGUAAGAAAUUUUUGUGAUAUUCGAAUAUCCAAUAAAAUGUUAUACGCCUAAAAUGUAGACUAAUAUCCUGUACUAUCUAUGGAUUCCAUUUUUAUAUGGUAAUAAAUUCGUAACCAUGGCAACGACCAGGGUACAUUUAGUCCACAUUUGUAUGCUUAUAUGUUUAUAUGGUUUUUUAGACAAAGCUCGGCACGUACUUCGCUAAGUACUCUCGCAAAAAUUUUAGUAAUAUGGAGCCAUACUUAAUUUAAAUAAAUAUUUAUAGUCCAUCGCAUACUUUAAUUUGUUGCUUUAUUUUAAGGUGUCACAAAUUAGUAAUAAGCGGAUUCAACAAGAAUAUUUUUCUAAACAAAAAAAAAUUAUUUUUUUUUAGAAAAAUAUACCAUUGACAAUUUUUUGAAGAAUACGUCAUCCAAACGUCAAAUUAUUUGACAGUACUAAUUACUAAUUUGACAAGUUGGUACGUGUUCAUAAAGUACUUAAUGUGUGGACAUUCCUUCAUUCUAUAAAAAACAGUACACCAUAUAUGACCGAAAUCCCACAUUAAAGUAUAAAGUUGAUACAUUCUUGUACUUACAUUGUAUAUGGUGCAGAUAAAAUUCAAAAAUAUAUUUAUAUAAAUUGUGUUAUGAAAUGCAUUUUAUUAUUAUAAUAAGUUAUACAAAUUUAAAAAUAAAAUUUUAAUUUUAA